AUGUCGCUCAAAGCUGGUUUUUUAUUCGUAGCACUCUUUGUUCUUCUGGGGAGCCAUGCGCACCCAUUUAAAGACGAGAAUAAGGACAUGUCCAUCUUCUUCGACCACACGGAUUCCUCAGCCCGUGUCGUCGGAGGUACUCCUGCCGGUGUCGUGCCCUACAUGGUAGCUCUGUCAUCUGGUGUGCUUUUAAGAAGCUUUGUCUGCGGAGGCUCCCUGGUCACCACCAGACAUGUCUUAACCGCUGCACAUUGUAUAGAAGCUUCGCUCUUUGGUGAAAAUAUUGUUGGUUCUCUUCGCGGCAUCGUCGGAACAGAACGUUGGAACACUCGUGGAACGAUGUACAGAUUCUCCGGCCAUAUCAACCACCCACAGUACAAUGCUGAUUUCAUCAAGAACGACAUUGGGAUCCUCAUCACAGCAACAAACGUGGUCUUAUCAGAUGCAGUGUCUUUAAUAUCUCUAAACUUCGACUUUAUUAAUGCCGGCGUCCAAACUACUGCUACUGGGUGGGGUGUUACUAGGACUGGUAUCUUUGCGACGGUAUCCCAACAUCUCAUGCGACUCAACGCCGUCGUGGUCGACGGAAACCAAUGCAUCAUGGAGGUAGCCCAGCGCGCCGCCGAACUUCAGAUGUGGCAAGCUCCGCAUGUUGAUCCUGAAAUCGAACUCUGCGCUUUCAGUACCAAUGGACGUGGAAUGUGUAAUGGUGAUUCCGGCAGCCCGCUAAUGCGUGCAGAUCUCAAUCAGCAGGUCGGUAUCGUGUCCUGGGGUAUACCGUGCGCGCAGGGUGCUCCCGACAUGUUCGUGCGUCUAAGCGCGUACAAGUCUUGGGUCGAACAAAAUAUUCCUAUUCCAUCCCAACUAGAGGACCAUUUCUACCAUGUGGAUGCAAGCGAUCGUAUCGUUGGGGGCUCAGUGGCAACUGAGGGUAGCGUGCCUUAUAUGGCUGCCUUGAGAGUUGGAUUCCUCACCAAGUGGUUAAUUUGUGGUGGAUCUAUAAUCACCGACCGGCAUGUGUUAACAGCGGCGCACUGCAUUGACGCCGUUCAUAGUGAUCGUACCUUUAGGUUGGCAGGUGGAACACUAUCAAGUGUUCUGUUGGAGCUGAUCGUUUACACGGUGGACGGAAGUACUUGCUCGCGAGCUAUCGACGAACAUUGUGAUCUUUCAGGACAGAAUAUCAAAUACGAGUCGGAAAUUGAACUGUGUGCCUACAAUACUGAUGGAAGGGGCGGUGAUUCGGGCGGCGCUCUCGUGCUGGCCGGCGGGGAGCAGGUGGGGCUGCUGUCGUGGGGCUGCGCGUGCGGCGGCGCGCCCGCCGUGUUCGCGCGGCUCGGCGCUUACAGGGAGUGGGUGCGGGGGGUUUUAGUCAAUGAAUAA